AUGAUUUACGAUGUGCUGGAGUUACUAAUGAACUACAUGCAGUACUUGCACCUUAUGGUGCUGAUUGCCCCGAGUAUGUUUCCUACACUUUACAGUUCUCUUUUUUGGCUUGUGGAUAUUGUAAUGAAUGCCGUAUUCUCAAACGGUGGUGACCACAAUAUGAGCAAUAAAACUAAACCUUCUCAAGAAGCCGGGGGUAUGUCUGCGCAAGAGGGUGUGUUGGGACUGCAGCUGCCAUCAUGGGUACCGGUUGAUGUACGCUUGUUGUUCGCCCUCACAAACAUUUUUGCUCCUCUUGUACUAGUAUUUCUAUCAACGUUACUGCUUGGACCACCUCAUUUUGCGGCUUUUGUCUACCUGCUGUGCGCAUCAUUUUUUUGGAUGAUAGCGGGCAUUUUGCUUCUACUACUUUUGUUGGGGAAAUUGCGGGACACGGAUGCGUUAUGGCAAAAAGGUCAAACGAUAUUGGCCAUAACUCACGCCCUAUCAGUACAUGAGGCGGUUGUCAUGACGGCCAUAAGUGCGUCGGCUGUCGUGUUGCUUCUUGUCAUUGGUGUUGUUCUGUGUAUUGUCUUGGGAGCACGUGAGCGAGCACGCGUGCUGGAACGGCUACGGCAACUGAAUGUGCCCCAUGUACAGAGGAGGAACGUGU